AUGUCCAGUAAAUACUCUGGGCUGCCCGAUAUCGACUCGGCGCCAGACGUGUUCGAGACAACGGAUGAAGUCGACGUUGCUCUCCAGGGCGAUGGUGAUGGAGCCGAAGAUGCUCGCACUGCAGCUCCUUCUAGCGACCCGAAAGACAUAGACGUCUCUCAACUCCCCUCUCGCAAGGCGGCCGGCCGAACUUACACAUUUGAGAGUCCAGGUUUGUCUGCCCGAGCGCCUUUUCUGGCGUCCGUCGUGAGCUCGCCGCUGACUACAGCCCCAGAUGCCGAGAUUAUUGUCGAUCGCCCGCCCCGCAAGGAGUCGCAUCUCGCUCGCCUCCGACGCCUACAGUCCGAAAUCGCUGAGCUCGAGCGCGACCUUCAGGCGAGUGCAAGUGCUCCCGCCAAGCCAUCUCCGACUGGUGCUCCGGCACGCUCUUCCGCUUUACCUCCAAAGGAGCCAGUCGACGUGGUCACCGAGCUCGCUAGUGUGAGGGAGAGGCUUAGUACCGUGGCCCAAGGGAACGACGAGCAGUUCCGAGGCUCGAUGGUCAGCAGGUCAAAGGACUGGGAAGGACGAAUACGCAAGCUGGAUAGCAGUGUCCCACAGCCGAAACGAGAGGAAGAAGCAACACCAGAACCCUCUACAGCCAAUGCCGACCCGCGCAGAGCUGGCGACAUUGAGUCUCGGAUCAUGACGCUGGAGAAGAUUGUCGGGAACGACCAAAACAACGAGAGGCUUCCAGUGUCGAUCACUGAUAGCCUAACUAGGCUGGAUCACCUCUUAACCAUUCUUACUCAGCCUCGCCACCUUGAUUCCAUCUCUCGCCGUGUCAAACUGUUGCUUGUCGAUCUGGAUCGCGCCACGGCGUCAUCGCGUAGGGUCGGAUUGGCGGCUGGAUCGGACAAGCCGGCAACAACACCGACUGGUUUGUCGCCAGCGGAUCAAGAAGCCUUGCAACGCCUCUUCACGCUCCUCCCGCGACUCGACCCCUUGAUCCCGUCUAUCCCGCCGCUUCUUAAUCGACUUCGAAGUCUGUCCAGUCUUCACACCGAGUCAUUCGGCAUCGCGGCAGAUCUUCGAGACCUGCAAGCAUCCGACAAGUCUGUUUCUGAGGAAGAGCGUUCACUUCAGUCCAUCGUAUCAGGUGUGCAGAAGGGACUGUCCGAGGCCUCGGGGGGCAUCGCAAAGAACUGGGAGUCUCUUAAUAGUCGUCUCCAAGCUCUGGAGGAACGGCUGCAGUCCCUUGUGUAG